CCUCGAGAAAUGGAAGGAUCAAGAGUAGGGAUCUCGGUGGAAGGGGUCGACCAGCAGCACAACGAGGAAAAGGACGGCAGCUGCGAGUGUCAUAUCAACAAGGCGGAGAUCCAAAAGGGGGCAUGGAACGAGGACAGGAGCGAAUGCAUAUCCAACUGCAAGACGCAGUUUCUGCAGUCGAUAAGCCCGGGAUGGAGCGAAGCGGCGUCGGGAUGGGCGGAAGUGUGCGGCAAUCUCAACUCGACGAGCAAAGGUGUCGAGGUUGCUGAAUACAGGUUUUGGUCCCUUUACUGGUGCGACUCGACGUUUUGCGGGGUAGCGAUAGACCAGAGCAGGGGACUGGGGCAAGAUCCGGGUUCGUGUACGGACAGUUCGUUUUCGAGGCUGCAGCUGACGUCGUCGGUGACAUGGGAGUCUUCGGCGUUGCUGCCAACGGCAGCAUCUGCGACGGCUGUGGGUGUGGGAUUGGGUUCUGUGAGCACGGUACAAGGUACGACCUCUGUUUUGCAAGAGUCUGACUUUUCUCGUCCUCCACUGGCAAAUACCUUCAUGGCACCAGAGAGCCAACAGACGGAGGCUGUUCCCCUUCUGCCCACAACAACCCCGACGACGGCAGAGAUAUUUACAUUCACGGCAGAAACAAUAUCGACCUCAUCGGACCCAACAAAACUACCGCCAAUGAACGGACUGGAAACAAGUUUCCCUGUCCCAUCAUUUCCCGCGAGCACAUUUACUGUCUCGUCAAUAUCCUCCCUGACGACAUCGACAUUAUUGACAACAACUUCGACAUCAUCCACUUCAUCAGCCACACACCCAGCAGCAUCAAAAACAUCCACUUCUACCUCUGCCCCUGCCGCCUCAGCAACAGCAGCCGAGAACGGCCUUUCCAACCCAGCCAAAAUCGCCAUCGCAGUCUGCGCCACCAUCGCCCUCCUCAUGCUCAUCUGCGCUCUGUUCCUUUGCCUCCGCAAGCGAAAACGCAGCGGCGAAUCAUCGCCCCCCCAUCGAAGCCUCCGCUCCCGACUAGGCCUCAACAAUGGCAAAUGGGGGGGCGGCAACAACCCAACACCGCUGAUCUCACCGGCAAGCUCCUUGAUGGGAACAACAGCCAACAACCAAGGCAUCACCCCGCCUCUCCGCCUCCGCCAGAGAAAAUUCAUCCCUUCUCUUUUACCGUCUAUCCUCCGCCCAGGAGGAGGGGCCCGCUCGGGCUCACCCCCUUUGACGCCCCUCACGCCGCAGCACAGCACAGGCGGGGUUUUCCCGUCAAGCCCGAUUUGUACCCCCACGACUUCGAAGCUGGUUCCUAGACAUGAGAGGACGCCUGGGGGGUACACGGGUGGGUUGCCGCCUAUUCCUGCGCCAGUUCCGAUGUUUGUGAAGGAUUGUGGGAGGGGUAGUGGUAGUGCGGCAUCUUCCAUGACGGCGGCGACAACGAAUAAUUUCUCUGGUGGUGGUGGUGUUGGGGGGGGUUUUGAGAAAAGUCCAUCAUCAUCGUCACCUGCGCGUCCGAAACGACCGCAUGAUGGACCGUUGGAGAUUCCGGAUUUGUUGGUUGGUGGUGGUGGUGGUGGUGGUGGCGGUGGUAGUAGUACGGGGAGUUUGGUGUCGCCGCCGUUGAGCCCGCCUCCUACUAGGGCUUUGCCGGCGACUCCUCCGGUCGGAACGACAAGAGCGGGGGGGAAUGGGAAUGGGAACCAUUGGUCGGUUGUGUCGUGUUCGUCGAGUAAUUACUCUAGUGAGGCGGGUAAUGGUGGCAGGGUGAAGGGGAUGGGUUUGGGGGGAACGCUGUAUCAUCACCAGAGGGGGAGUGCGGGGGUUGGGAAGGAGAGGGGGAGUUGGGGGAGUUGGAGUGGGACUACGGCGCAACAGCAAGGGACAGGGACUAUUGGGAAGGCGAUUGGGAGUGUGAGGGAUAAGGAUAGGGUUGGGAAGGGGGAGGAGGUUAUCAGACGACUGGGGGUAGGGGUGAUGUUAGUAGUUUGGGGGAGGGGGGGCGUAUUUAGAGGGCUAAUAACUAGGUAG